GAAAAUAUCUUGUUAAUCACAUACUGUCUAUACUUGAUUGGUAUGCUUUUCAACCUUUAUUUCAAUCAGAACUGUGAAUUGCACCCAUUUUCAUUCCCACUCAAUUUCUCACUAUAAAUUAUUUUAUUUAUGGUCUGUUGAUCAAAACUGAGCAAAAAAAAAAUACUCCACAAAAAUUUGCCAUUAAAGUUCAAACCAUAUUAAUCAAUCCAGGUUAUGAAAGUAUAGAUGGUACUACCUAUCAUCAUAGGGGUAGGAGCUACUGUCAUAGCUCUUACUGUCAAAUCCACAUUUGCCGCGUAUAGUAAAUUCGUUCAUUUAACUCCUCAAAUGAUAGCAUCGUUAAACAAUAUCAAACUUGUUCGACCUAAUGAUAAUGACAUCAAUGUUAGUAAGACUGAUCCGAAUUAUUCCCAUAUAAAGUAUUUAAGACUACGAUAUCCACAUCUGGGGUUUAAAGAUCCUAUGACGGAACAAGAGGCAUUGUUGAUUAUGGGGAUUGAAGAUGAUGAUAUUAUCAAGUUUAAUAAGACAUUGUUACGAGAACGAUAUCGAAAAUUAAUUAUCCUAAAUCAUCCUGAUAAAAGUGGGAGUCAGUAUAUUAGUCAAAGGAUAAAUCAAGCUAAAGAUGUGUUGGAGAAGAGUUACAUGUUUAAAAAUGAUAAGGAUUAAUCAUAAUAAAUGAAGUGUAUAAUAAAAAUUUUAAACUAUCUGUAUAUAUAUAUAACUUUUAAAUAAAUAUUCGUUACUGCUAGAUUGCAUUACCAUUGGAUGUACCAUUACUAAAAUCAAUGGUAAUUUCAUCUUCCACAUUACCAUUAGAAGUGAUUUCUUUAACUUGUUCCUCUCCUUUAGCUUUUUCUUUACCCCCUUCGAAAUUUUGUCUAACUCUUAAAUAAUGUUGUAAUUCUUCAGCACUAACCGAUGGGAUUAAUUCCAGUUGUGCCUUUAAGAAAUCUUCCAUCUUAACCAACACAUUAAUAUCAUCUUCUUUACUGAUAUUAUCAAACCACCAACGAGUUGAGAUGAUUUC